AUGGAGCCAAGCACGAUUGCGCGUCAAAUGAUCUGUACCCUCAAGGCGACACAUGUUCCUCGUUCGUGUGCAUUCUCCAACAGCUGUCGCAGCAUUCCUAGAGCUCGACUUCGAGUCCGCCCUGCGCCUGGCAUUAGUGGCCGAAUCCAGGCGAGAACGGCAAAAACUUACGCCCGGCCUCCUAAUCGAAUCGAACAGAUGGUCAUCGAUGCUCGAGUGCAGUACCCGAGACUCUUUCCUUUCCUGCUUAUCGCUUCCAUUGGUUCGGUGACCAUGCUCACCGUGAUGGCAUAUCAACAGUACUACGGAGAUGGUGUAAGCUCGGUAUAUCCUCCUGUCGUGGAAGAACGGUUACGACUUGCUUUGCACUACACUCACAUUGAACCGGAUCCCGAAACCUCAUCAAAAUAUUUCAUGCAGGCGAUUGAAAAUGCGGAAAAAGUGGGAAUGGAUCCAUUCAGCAAAGAGGUGCUAGGCAUUCGGAUACGUUUCUCGCAAAUGCUGGAGAAUUUCGGACAUGUGAAAGCUGCAAUUGAAAUUCUCGAUGGUGUGACCAAAGAUCUUGAGCAAAGAUUGAACGAGAUAGACGAGGGGGGACCCAUUAACGCGAACAAUGCAUCUGACGAGAACAUGACCAAAGCCGAUCUCCGAAAGAACCUGAUCAAGGGCAUUAUUCAGAAUAAAGUCAAAGUGUCUUCGCUCUACGAGAGUGACUACAUGCAAGAUUCAAGGAGGGCCAAACACACUCUAUCGGAUGCAGUGGGCUUAGUCGUGAAGGAGUCAAGAAAUCCCCAGACCAACAGUUUCAGUGAUGACAACGGGGCUGGCUUAACAACUGGCGAGAUUGCGGCAAUGCUGUCCCGAAUGGGAGACCUUUAUGCCCGAACCGGGGAGGAAGAAAAUGCUGUGCAAGUGUACAUGCUCACACUUCAACCUCUAAAGGCAUCGUGCAACGGUACAAGGUCUUGCAAAGAGGUGCAAACAUUUAGCAAUAUUGCUUCGGCUAUGGAUCUGGCAUUGAAAAAACCAAAUGCCAAGAUUAAUGGGAAGCCAGCAACCAAGAAAUCACUGGCUGAAGGACGACGUGCAGCAUUGAAAUGGGCAGACCAAGCCAUCGCAGCCGCUGAUGUUGUCCAACCCGCAGACCGUGAUGAGAUUUGUGACUUGGCUCUCCUUACGGCCCAGAUGACCCGUGCCGACUUGUUAUUAGAAAACGGCGACAAAAACAAGUCGCGCGAAGUGUUCCAGAGUUUACUGCCGACAUUGAAGGAGAAGAAUCUAGUUCCUCUGAUUCAGGCGGCGGAGCAGGGCUUGAAGAAGAUCACUGGCUGA